AUGGCGCCCAACUGGAGAACUGGAGAGUAUAGUAUUGGGAUUAUAAAGGUACAGAAUAGCAGGUAUUUAUUAGUGUGGUCUGAGGUGGCGUUUUUCGAGAUUGAACCCAAUUAUUUGAAACUCUCUGAGUUGAAUUACGAGUUGCGUAUCAGAGGAGUUAAAUCAGAGAGAGUUGAUAUUGGUGUUAAACGUAAGACUUUGCGUAGGCGGUUGCGAGAAGAUUUAAUGAGGCCUGAGAUGACUUAUGUAACUCCAGAAUUUAAAUUUGAGGAUGAGAAGACUGAGGUGGAUGCUUCUAUAAAUGAAAUUCAGAACCUUUUAGCCGACUUUGAUGGUACUAGAGCCGAUAUGAACAAGAGGGUAGUAACAACGAUAAAUCAUGUGAUGGGGAGGUUGAGCAGAUUCGUGACAACGACCGACCCGGAUGGCAAAAUCAGAGAAUAUAAGGAAGAUCAAUUACUUAUAGUGGGUGCCUUAGAUGAAACGCGGUUGGAGAUACUGGAACGAGCCCAGAAUGAAAGCGAAGACGUCUCUGAAGUAGGACAAGUUAAUCAAGCUGCUGCUGUAGCGAAGUUAACGCCCGUCCACAAGUGGGGUAUAACCUUUGAAGGGAAAGCUGUUAAUUCAUUCAUCCAGAGAAUUGAAGAGAUUCGUAUAGCACGUCAUACAACCAAAGAAGAAUUGUUCCGAUCAGCGUUUGAUUUGUUUCAGGGGCAAGCAUUGGUCUGGUUCCGCUCAGUGAAAUCAUCGGUACGCACUUGGGAUGCAUUGGUCAAAGCACUUAGGCGCGAUUUCUUACCACCAGACUACGAUGAAGAACUUUGGCGCGAAAUUCGAAAUCGUACACAAAGACAACAGGAACGCGUUACGUUCUAUGUAGCUGCUAUGUUGAAUUUGUUUAGCAGACUUUCAGAACGACCAACAGAAAAAGUCCAGCUACGUACAAUUAAGAGAAAUUUGCGGCCUAAUUUUCAAACACAGAUAGCACUGACUGAUGCGCGGUCGGUUAGUAAAUUGACGGAAGUGUGCAGAAAACUAGAAGGAGCCUUCGAGUGCCAACAAAAAUUCCAACCACCACCUAGGAGAAGUAUCGCUCUUUUAGAACCGGAUCUCGCUUAUACAGGAACUGAAAACGUUGGACAAGAGCAGCCGUCGACGUCACGCAACGAAGACAGAAGGUAUCGUCGAUCGUAUCACACACCUCAGAUCGGUGACAUAACAUGCUUCGGGUGUAAGAAACUUGGUCAUUUCAUAAGAGAUUGUCCCCAGAAAAUAACUCGAAAAGCUAAGGGACAGGGAAGUGGUAGAAGAUGGCCACCCCUGUCCGGAAUUCGGCAAAAGAAGGCUGUGCAUGUAAAUAAUCGAACUCCUAGUCAGAAAAUUUCACAAGUACGUGAUAGUUCUUUUAUUGGUAAAAAUUUUGAGAAGCAGCACAUGUCGCAACAUUGUGAUUUUUCAACAUCUAGUCAUAAAUUAGAUUCUAGUCAGAUUAAAGCUCUUUUAGUCAGUAGAGUAGGAGAUAACAGGCCUUAUGUGUCAAUUGACAUCUUUGGUAUUAAGGUAUCUGCUCUUCUCGAUAGUGGAGCUAGUCAUUCAGUAAUUGGAGAGAGAGGAAUGCAUCUGGUUGAAUCAUCUAGCGUGCAUGUUUAUGAGACUCCAAUACCAGACAUUGGAACAGCUGAGGGACGACGUCAAAAAAUUACCGGAUACGUAGACCUGCCAGUACAAAUAGAAGACAAUUGUAAAGUUGUUAGAUUCUUGUUGGUACCUUCAAUCUGUCAUACUGUUAUUUUGGGAAGUGAUUUUUGCAAACAGUUUAAGUUGAGGAUUGAUUUUGGCAUCGAUCAAUUUUUUGUAGGAAAUAAGGCCAUAGAAUGUAGGUCGAGAAAACCUGUAGAAGUUAGUGUACUUAAUCGAAUUCACUCGGAAGAAGAACUGGACGAGGAGCAGGAGCAACAGUUGGCUGCUGUUAAAGAUAAGUUCAAAACUCUGUCUUGGGAAACUGGCAAAAAACUCGGCAGAACAAACAAGGUUGAGCACAAGAUUAAUACAGGAGACGCUGAGCCGAUCAAGCAGCGACAUUACAACAUGUCACCUUACAUGUUAGCACACCUUAACGCCGAAUUAGAUAAAAUGCUGAAACUGGGAGUGGUGCAACCAUCAACAUCUCCUUGGGCUUCCCCGGUGUUGCUAGUUAAGAAAUCUAACGGAGAGAUGCGCUUUUGCUUUGAUGGAAGGAAGUUGAACUCACUGACAAAGAAGGAUGCAUACCCUCUUCCCCUGGUAGACCAAAUAUUAAAUAAACUGAAUAGUGCUCAAUUUUUAUCAAGUAUCGACCUUAAAGCUGCCUUCUGGCAAAUCCCCUUAGAGAAAGAUUCCUGCGAGAAAACUGCUUUUGUAGUACCAGGCAGAGGACUGUUUGAAUUCAACGUGUUGCCAUUUGGGCUUAACAACGCGGCACAAACGCAACAACGUCUGAUGGAUUCUGUCCUUGGACCCGCCUUCGAGCCCUACGUCUUCACUUUUUUAGAUGACGUCAUAGUGGCGACCCCUACGUUCUCGAAACAUUUAGAAGUGCUGGAGCAAAUAUAUGAGAAAUUUAGAGAGGCCAAUUUAACCAUCAACAUUGAAAAGUGUGAAUUUUGCAAACCGUCUCUUAAAUACCUGGGAUUCGUUAUCGAUAGGCAAGGACUAAGGACGGACCCAGAUAAAGUGGCGGCUAUGUUGAAUUACCCCCUACCGCAAACAGUGACGCAAGUUAAACGAUUCAUCGGUGUCUGUGGUUGGUAUCGCCGGUUUCUAGCAAACUUUGCCACAAUGACAGCUCCUAUAACAGCUAUGAUAAAGGGUAAACGUAAACAUCAGACAAUUUCGUGCACAAAAGAAGCAAAGGAAAGUUUCCAUAGAAUAAAAGAAGCUCUAGUAGCUGCCCCGGUUUUGGCGACGCCAAAUUUUGAUAAAACUUUCUGCAUUCAAAGUGAUGCCUCAGAAGUAGGGUUAGGUUCUGUCUUAGUCCAAGAGGAUGAUGAAGGACGAGAGGUCCCGGUGGCAUUUGCCAGCCGUACUCUUAUACCCCAAGAAAGGAAGUACACGGUUACAGAGAAAGAAUGUUUGGCGGUUCUGUAUGGUAUAGAAAAGUUUAGAUCUUACAUCGAAGGAGUAAAGUUUCGGGUGAUAACAGAUCACUAUAGCCUUCUUUGGCUGAACCGUUUACGCGACCCCUGUGGCAGACUCGCUAGAUGGGCCAUGAAGAUCCAGCAGUACGAUAUGAAGAUAGAGCACCGUAAAGGGAGUUUAAAUACGGUUCCAGAUGCCCUCUCCAGAGCACCGUUGGUACACGAGGUGAGCUUGUUACAACUCGAUAUUAAAAAAUGUUUGGAGGACCCUCUCUUUAAGAAAAUAUCUGAUGAGGUGACGAAAGAUCCAGAAUCGACGAAAUGGUCAGUACAUAAUGGACUCCUAUAUCGUUAUUUUUCAGCUGUGAGUCCAGGGGCAACUGGUCCAGAAUGGAAGCUGUUUAUACCAAAAUGCUAUCGACAAGCGGUAAUGAAGGAAUGCCAUGACGAUCCAUCUUCGGCACACCUAGGCAUUUACAAGACUCUGCAUCGGAUUCAGGAGCGAUACUACUGGCCGAGAAUGAGAUACGACGUUAAAAAAUAUGUGAGGAGCUGCGAAGUGUGCUUGGCGCAGAAAACUCCCACUAACGCUCGUCCAGGCUUCAUGGGUAAACCUAAGCAAGCCAGUUAUCCUUUUCAGAUCAUUUCCGCCGACUUGAUGGGGCCUUUUCCCCGAUCGUCAACUGGUCAUGUGUACCUACUAGUCGUCGCGGAUUGGUUUUCGAAAUUUGUUAUCCUAGAGCCACUACGACAAGCGACAGCAAAGAGCAUCGCUAAAUUUGUGGAAGAACGAGUCAUCUUAUAUUUCGGUAGUCCCCAGAUAAUAAUCUGUGACAACGGAACCCAGUUUAAGAGCUCUCUAUUUCAAAAUCUGGCUGCGCGUUAUGGGUCUAAAUUAUGGUACAACUGUAAAUAUCAUGCCCAAGUUAAUCCUGUGGAACGUGUCAACCGAGUGGUUGGCGCCGCUAUUCGCUCAUAUCUACAGAAACAAAACCACAAGAAAUGGACCCAAAAUAUCUCGCAAAUUGGCUUCGCUUUACGAUCAUCAGUUCAUGAAGUUACAGGAUAUACACCAAAUUUUUUAAACUUUGGACGGCACGUACCACUUAACGGCGAAAUUUAUGGAAAGCUUUCAAAAUUAAAUGAAUUUAAUUUAAAUCCAUAUCAGCGAGAUCAAUACGCAAAUAACAUCGAUAAACUCUCAGAUCUGCAGAAAGAAAUUCAGCAAAAGCUCGACGAAGCGUAUCGCAAGAAUUGUCACUCUUAUAACACCCGCAAAAGAGAGACUGAUUGUUACCAAAAAGGAGAAAUAUUAUGGAAGAAGAACUAUGUUUUAUCGGACGCGUCCAAACAAUUGAUGGCGAAACUAGAGCCAAAAUAUGUCAAGUGUAAGGUUGCUGAGGUCAUAUCCCCACUGGUGUAUAAACUAGAAGACAUGAAUGGUAACGAUCUGGGAAAAUGGCAUGUAAAAGAUCUCAAGCGAACUUACAAUCAACCGGCUAAUCCCGUGUGA